AUGGGUUUGCAAGUGGCUGCAAUACUACUUUUAACUCAUAGCGGUGAAAGGAUUGCCGUGAAAUAUUACUUAAAUGAAUUGGACAAGCUGAAUUUACCACCAGCUGAAUUUCAGCAAUUGGCUACCAUACAAACUGUUGCGGGACAAAAAAAAUUCGAGUCAAUAAUAGUAGGGAAAAUUGCCGCAAUGCAAUCCGAAAAUUCUCAUCCAUUAGAAGAUAUUUUGAUUGUAAACGAUUUUAACAUUGUCCUUAAUGAUUGCGGUGUACUAGUACUAGUAGUUGGGACCAAGAAUAGCAACGAACUUUUCCUAGCAGAAGUCGAAUCUACGGUUAGGGCUGUUUUGGUAGAGAUCUGUGGUACUAUAACUGAAAAUAAUUUAUAUGAUAAGUUGGACUCGGUAUUUUUGCUACUGGAUCAGAUUGUAGACAGGGGUUUGCUAGUAGAAUUGGACACCAAAAUACUUUGUGAUCGAAUCGGAAUAAAUGUCAGCGAAUUUACGGAGCAUUUCCCAAUCAAUCAGGCCAUUUACACGGCACGAAAUAACCUAAUCAAAUCGUUGCUCUCUACUACUUGA